ACUUGGGCAGAGGAAAUAGAAGCCGGGUACAGUUGUACACAGUCCAAGUCCGAAUCCGGUGCAGAAAUGUGCCCGGCCCUAAAACUGAUCAAGUUCUGAAAUUCGAAUCGUCCCGGAAAUCUCUCUCUCUCUCUCUCUCUCUCUCUCUCUCGCGAUGAAGCCGUCGGAGAGAAAUCUUUUCUGUCCUCGCGUUGACUGGUUUGCAUUUCUGUGGAGCAUUUUAAUAAUGGCGGACGUGGCUUUGAGCAUCAGGUUUCCCGAUCGGACCUCUCAACUUCCCAAUGACUCUCCCAAUCAUCAUCCCCUUAAAACUGCCGUUUUCGCCCUCGGUAGCUUCUGGAGAUCUGAAGCCGUUUUCGGAUGCUUGGACGGCGUCGUCACCACAACAGUUGGUUACGCUGGUGGAUCUAAAACCAACCCCGAGUACCGGAGCUUGGGUGAUCACGCCGAAUCUGUACAGAUUGAAUAUGAUCCUAGGCUGAUCAACUUCAGGCAACUUUUGGAGGUCUUCUGGUCCAGUCACGACUCCAGACAAGUGUUUGGACAAGGUCCUGAUGUAGGGAACCAGUACAGGUCUAUUAUCUUCACUAAUGGAAGUGAAGAAUCCAGACUAGCUGCAGUCACCAAAGAAAGAGAGCAGACUAGGUCAAAGGGCAGCAUCGUGACCACACAAAUUCAACAAAUUGAAACAUUUUAUCCUGCAGAACCUGAACAUCAGAAAUUUGAGCUCAAGCGGAAUCCCUUCCUUCUCCAGCUUAUUGGCAACCAACCGGAAGAGGAGCUUGAGAAGUCAAGCUUGGCAGCAAAACUAAACAGCUAUUCAGCAGAGCUUUGUCCAACUAAGAUUCAAAAGCAGAUCGAUGCAAAGAUCAACGAUAUCAUUAGAAAAGGUUGGCCCAUGUUAAGAGAAUUCUAGUUGGACAAUCCUCUUCUCAAUCUGACAAAGAUUAGAAGAAGUUAUAAGUUGGUGUAGACUUCAGAUACAAUCUGGAUGACAACAUGAUACAUUGUUGUAUUGUUGGCUUGCUUGUUCAGACCGAGUUGCAGACAAUAUUUUGCUAUUGGAUAUAGGAGAUGAAAGUUCUUGAUCGUAAGUCAAUCCAACGAAUUUGUGCAAUUUCUAUGAUCUCAUAUGGGGAUUUUGAGUACGUGGGCUUCUAGAACAUCGAGUCCACUUGUAAAUUUGUCCGUGUUUAUUUGACAUUCUUUGUAAUCAGAUGGAGAUUGUGAAAUUCUUUUGUAAUCUAAUGGAAAUGGGUUCUAUGCUAUAAUUUA